CGUCAAUCCCGCGACUCGCAGGACCCAGCUGAUUCCCCGCGUCUCCGCCGCAUUAAUCGCGCGUGCUGCGUCGGCAUAUAUUAAGGAAAAAGUUGGAGCGCCGAGGAGUUUCCUCGAUAGACAACCGUUGCCCGUCGCUCGAGACAGUCACUUGCACCGAAGCGGUACAUGAAUACGCGUUUGAGCUGUUCACUUACGACAAUGGAGGACGAUAACAAUGGCGGGUUCCAAUCGACGAGGCCCAAGCUGGAAAUCCAAUGCGGCAAUUCCUGCGAAAAUGUCGCGGGCACCGAAAAUACGCGGAGAAGACGGAAGAAGACGGCCGGUUGCGCCGCUCAGCGUGUGUUCGUCGCCGCGGUGGACAUGAUCAACCAUGCACUGAUAAUACUGGUGACGGCGUACGUCGUGUAUUGCGCGUCCGAUAUAAAGCGAUAUUAUAUAACGAAUGUGCACGUAAUCCUCUGCACCAUCGGGUACGUCCUGCUGAUGUCGGAAGCCAUCCUCGUGCUCGCAGGCGAAAACAUCCUGACGAGCGCGUUCUCGCGCCAGGCCAACAAGAACAUCCACUGGGUGCUGCAGGUGCUCGGGCUGAUCUGCAACCUGGUGGGCGUAGGCAUCAUGUACAACGCCAAGACCGUGCACUUCCUCUCGACCCACGGCAUCCUCGGCUUCGCCUCGCUGGUGAUCAUGUGCGCGUUGGCGAUUUUCGGCUACCCGGUACUGAUCGCGGUGAAACUUCGCAAAUUCGUGCGGCCGGUGGUCAUCAAGCUCGUGCACAAUUUUCUGGGCAUCGCCUGCUUCGUCCUCGGUAUGCUCGCGCAGUGCUACGGUUACGAGAAGAAAUGGAUGUACAGUUUGACGCAGGUGGAGAACAUCGACAUGGCCCUGCUCGUCCUUACGGCGGUGAUCAUGCUAUUGUCCCUGAGGGGCGCGCUUUUUUCUCUCGCCAGCCAGACCUUCGUUCUCGUGAGAUCCAUUUGCCCGGCCAUUUCAUACAGGGACGUCGAAUCGCCCGGCUCGUCGGCCGGGAAAUCGUAAAUCUCGCGUUAUUUAUUCGUUUUCUCCCUUUCCACCGUUAUAAGAAUAAUGUAAAUAAUUGGCGCGUAAUAGCGUAAUCCCGGGGAUAUCGCUCUAUGCGAUUCCCCGAAUGGGAUACGAACGUGUGCGUGUACAGCAAUGGUCGAUGUGUUAAUAAUCGGAACAAUGUUCGUUAGAUAUGUUAGACGAAUUGAUAUUAAUCGAUGAAAAGAUCGAGUUCAAUCUAGAAAUCUAUGCUAACGGGUGGUUUCAUACAUGACGCGGGGCGUAUUACCGGGGAAGAUCUGAGCCCCAAGCGAAAAAAUUCGAGGUAAUACGAAAUAAUAAAAUUGAACGCGCGCUUUCCUCUGCGCACGGAUAUGUGCUCGCGUUUAAAUUAAUGGGAGUUAUAUACGUGCUCGAGGAUGAAAUAUAUUCGACACAUUGCGAGAAAAAAGAAGAAGGAAUAAAAAGGGAAGAUAGGAGGAUGCAUGAAAACGGCAUUAAGCUCGCUAAUAACUUCACCGUAUAACGAUUAUAACAAAACUUCACGGUGACGUUGAUGCGAUGGAAAAGAGAAGAGCAUGCGUAUACGAGUGAUUACCCGAUAUCGGAGCAAUUCGAUGCCGUGAGAGUAUUGAUCACGGACAGAACGGCCCGGCCGAAUGAUUUUCUAUAUAUAUAUUUCUCUCUUUCUAUAGGAUAUGUGACGAUUUUCUAUUGAGAAAUAAAAGGAACCAUUUUUAUACUAA